AUGACCACUGGUAAGGCACCUGCGACACCUGCAGCGACGCCACCGCCAGGAGGGGCGAAUGGGAGGAUAUACGUUUGUACGGUGAAAGGGUGUUCGAAGUGUUUUGCGAGGAGAGAGCAUUUGAAGAGGCACGUGAGGAGUAUACACACCAACGAGAAACCGUAUCAGUGCGACUUUCCAGGGUGCGAUAAGUGGUUCAGUAGACAUGAUAAUCUGCUCCAACAUCAGAAGGUGCACACGGGGGACCCCGAUGCCGGGCGUACGGCGUCAGAGGGCGUGGAGUCGGGAUGA